CGGGGCGCAUAGACAGCAAUAGAUAUUGUGAAAGUAACCUACAGUAACAGACAGAUAACAGUGACACCGAGGGUAAAGCGAAAUUAGAGUAAGGUACUCACUAAUCAAAUAUUAUGAUGGGCAAAUACAUACUCAUAUCAGAUGCGUUGUGCAAACCUUGGACGAAUUUACAUUAGAAGUGGAGCAUUGGAAAAAAAUGUUUUGAUAGUCCAGUUUAACAUUGCCGUCUCCUUGGGAGUUUGUAUAAAACACCGUAGGAAAAUCGAGAUGAACAAAACUGUUCUCCGAGAUGAAAAUAAUAUCUUUUGUAGUGCAAAUCGUUCUAUGUGUGCUCCCACUUGAUGGAGCGCCAUCCGAAAAAGUUCUCGGAGGUACCCUUGCGGAUAUUUCGUCUUGCCCGUACCAAGUUUCUUUAAGGAGCAAGAGCAACCAACAUUUCUGUGGAGGUUCAAUUAUUGGCGAGCAAUGGAUUUUGACUGCCGCUCACUGUCUUACUGGGCAGAGUGCUCCAUCCAUCAUGGUGAUCGUUGGUACAGUCACCCUCAACGCGGGGGGCUCUCGAUAUGGGGUUUUGGAAAUAAUCUCACAUCCUUCUUACAACACUAAAACUCAUGCUAACGACAUCGCACUACUACGCGUCUCCAGCAAAAUUGUGUUUGGUCCGACUGUAAAAUCCGUCACUCUAUCGGCGGAUCGCCCACCGGCCGGAAUGGUUUUGACACUAACCGGAUGGGGUCUGACAAGGUACCCCUCUGACACCAUCCCAAAUAGUCUACAAACCGUUCAAUUAACGGCAAUCAGCAUCGCCCAAUGCAAAGCUUCACUAUCCGGACAUUCAAUUUCCGAUAAUCACGUUUGCACUAGCGGGGGUGUCGGCAAAGGCGCAUGCCAGGGAGACUCCGGCGGUCCUUUAGUAUACAACAAUUUGCAAGUGGGAGUCGUCUCCUGGGGUAUACCCUGCGCCAAAGGCUAUCCGGAUGUUUUUACUGCCAUUGCGUCGUACGUCGCAUGGAUACAACAGUCGACCACGGGUCGAUCUGAAGCGAUGUAAAUUGUUUACCAUAGUAAAAUUGU